CUCAGCCAGGUUCAGACAGCAUCUGUGGAGAGGAAGACAAGAGUUAACGUUUCGAGUCCCUACGACUCUUCACCAGAGCACCAGAUCUUCAUCAGCCCUAACUCCGACUCUUGUUUGAUCUUUGACUCCGUGCUCCAGAUUAUCCCAACUCCGGCUCUGCUGCGGAUGUUUUUAUCUUCGACUCCCUGCUCCAGAUGUUCGAACUCUGAAUCUGUUGCGGAUAUUUUUUUUUCCUUGCGCUUGAUCUCUUCUGCUGCAGAUGUGUGUGUGUGUGUGUGUGUGUAUUUUUUGCUGCUCUCUCUCCCUAUCUCUCUCGUUCCAGCUCUGACUCUCCCUCUCUCUCUGCAAACCCCAACCACCCACCACUUAAUAUUUUAUUUAUUUUUUUUUUGCGUCUCAUGUGCUCCGGUUCCAGGGUUUCCAGUGGAUGUCAGGGAUUGCAGCCUGCUGUGUAUAACUUACCCCCCCCCCACCCGGAUCUGGCAAUGAGAGCUGCUGGUGCGCUUCGACCCGGACAGGAGACCGGGCGAGAUGAGGGGCUCAGCGCUUGAGGACAGUGCAUCAGCGCAGUAACAGCGCUGCAGGGACUGGAUCUCAGACAUCGCCUCAAUCCGCCUGCAAACCCCGCCUCUUCUCAUUCUAUUUAUCAUUUCCCCACCCCAUCCUUAAACAGGGAGAGGUAUCUUCUUCUGCUUGUUUAUACCAGCCGCCCCCCCCCCAACCACCACCACCACCACCUCCUCUCGACGACUUGCAGAUAACGGCAGGUAACAUCGCCCCGUAUCAAAUCCACCCAUUUCAUUCAGCCCAGAGCCCAGACUCCCAGUUCGGUGCCAUCAUGAUGGAUGAAAUUUUGAAGAGGAUUUCGAAGGAAGCUUCGGGGAACAAGUACAAGGCGAUAAGGGAUGCCUGCACCUUGGCAUGUGAGACACUGGAAUCUGAAAAUGGUGCUGCCAAACUGCCUACUUAUCAACUGAGGGAGCAAUGCUUGGUUCCGUUGAAGCUGGCUUUGGAAUCGAAGAAUGUGAAGCUAGCCCAGCAUGCAUUAGCUGGAAUGCAGAAACUGCUGGCAGAUGAGAGGCUGGUGUCUGCAGAGAAGGAGCUGGAGGAGAGACAGCUGCUGAAUCAGAUGCUGGACUCCAUGAAGAUUGCCCCCUUUCUGAAUGAAGACCUGCAAGUGGAAGUCAUGAAGGUGCUACUUUGCAUCACAUAUUCGUCGACCUUUGAAAUAAACGGCAGUGCAGUGCUGAAGAUUGCUGAGGUUUGCAUCGAGACUUACAUGGCCAGCUGUCACCAGCGCAGUAUCAACACAGCUGUGCGGGCUACCCUCAGCCAGAUGUUGAGUGACCUGACUCAGCAGCUCCGUCUCAAGCAGGAGAGCGAGAGCGAGGAUGCCCGCCCUGUGCAGGAGGAGCACCACAACAAAGGUUCUUCAAUCUCUGUCGAGUCUCUGUGUGAGGAUGUGGUCUCAGUGCUCGCUGUCCUUUACGAGAAGCUGCAAAGAGUUGUGAAUAGUAACCAGCAGUUGCAGCUCCUGUACCUUGAGUGCAUCCUCUCCAUGCUCAACAGCUCCUCUCCUGUCAUGCAUCGUCAUAAAGAUUUCACAGACCUCUUGUGGAAGCAGCUGUGUCCGGCCCUGAUCGUCAUCCUGGGCAACCCCAUCCACGACAAGACCAUCUCAUCAGGUCACAUGGCCUCGUUGACGGAGAGUGAGGCUGCUCCGUCUGGGGUCUCUGAUCACGGCCGCGGAUCUGGCUGUUCGUCCACGGCGCCCGCGCUAAUUGGACCGGUGGCGCGCACCAUUUAUUACAUAGCCGCGGAGCUGGUGCGACUGGUGGGCUGUCUGGAGUCACUGAGGCCGGUUCUGCAGUCCCUCUACCAUCGCCUCUUGUUGUAUCCACCGCCGCAACAUCGCGUGGAGGCUAUCAAGAUCAUGAAAGAGAUCCUCAGUAGCCCGCAGCGUCUAUAUGAUCUUGCUGGACCCACCGUAUAUGAAGGGGAAACAAAGAGAAGGUCUAGCCAGAAAAGAAAAUCUCACCUAGAUCUUCACAAAAUUAUCAUGGAUGGAAUGACAGAGGCCUGCGUUAAAGGAGGGAUUGAGGCCUGUUAUGCCUCGGUAUCCUGCGUCUGUGCUUUGCUCGGUGCCCUGGACGAGUUGAGCCAAGGAAAGGGGCUGAACGAGGAGCAGGUGCGUCACCUGCUGAGACACUCGGAGGAGCUGAAGGGCGGCACCGAGUCCACACGGGAGUCCAUGGAGAUCAGCGAGGCCGACUUCAGGUGGCAGAGGCGCAUCCUGUCAGCCGAGCAGGCUCACUGGGAGUCUAGCAAUGAGAAGAGCCCCGACAUCAGCAUCAGUGUCACCACGGACACCGGCCGCACCACCCUGGAGGAGGGUAUGGGGCAAACCACCCCGGAGGAGAACCCCCCGCUGCUGAGGAACCACUUGGAAUAUUCCACAGGCCUCGAUAUUAAUGAGGCUUUGAGUAAAAUGUCAGGUUUGGGCCUGGAGCAGGGGGAACAGUUGGAAGGAAUUCAUCGAAACAACAUUCACGCCUACCCAGAUUUAGCAAACUUCCUAUCGGUCGACCCCCGGACUAAUAAACCACCCGGAUCCCGAUACAGCGAAAGUAAUUUUAGCAUCGAUGAGCAGGACAUUUCCAGGACUGAGUUUGACUCCUGCGAUCAGUACUCAAUGGCAGCCGAAAAGGACUCUGGGAGGUCAGAUGUCUCGGAGAUUGGCUCCGAUAACUGCUCUCUGGCGGACGAGGAGCAGACGCCCAGGGAUUGCCUGGGUCACAGGUCACUGCACGGAGCCACCCUGACCCUGAAGGUCCUGAAGAACCAGGAGGCUGACCAGCACAGUGCCCGAAUCUUUGUCCAGUCACUUGUCACCCUCCUCCCUCGCCUGCUGUCUCUCCAGAACCCGGAGGAGGUUGAUUCCUCCCUGCAGAGUUUUGCCUCUACAUUUUGCUCGGGUCUGCAGUCAGGUAUGGUGGCCCUACCACCCCACCCCCCCAAACGUUUAAAAGAGCUCUUGCGUUCACCUGGUAUGGAUGGCAGUGAGAGCUCCUGCUGCCAGACACUGAUGAAUGCAGAUGGAUUGUACCUGGUGGCCUUCCACACUCUGUCGUUCAACCUCAAGCUGAUCACCUGCGAUUACUACCGGAGAAAGCCAGCACCUGUCCCUGCAUCACUGAAGGAGUUUGUGAGGCAGGUGCAAAGCAGUCGAGUUCUGAUGGUUCUGUCACAAGCGUGGAUUGAAGAACUUUACCACCAGGUGCUUGACAGGAACCUGCUGGGAGAAGCCGGAUACUGGGGAACAACAGAGGAACACUGUCUGCCCUUCAUCAUCAUGCUAACUGAUAUGGAUGGACUGGGAAGCAGUGCCGUAGGAGGGCAGAUGGUCAGCACUGCGUCAGAACAAUCUCCUCUAGCCCAAGAAAAGAACACACCUGACUCUGUGACUGCAGGUAUGUGCUUUGCCCGGUUCAUUCUGAUUGGCUGCUGGAAGAACCUGAUUGACACACUCUCUACUCCACUGACUGGCCGGGUGGCUGGCAGCUCCAAGGGGCUGGCGUUCAUACUGGGCACGGACGGCAUUAAGGAGCAGAACCAGAAGGAGAGAGAUGCCAUCUGCAUGAGCCUGGAUGGCCUCCGGAAAGCAGCUCGGCUCAGCUGUGCGCUAGGUGUUGCAGCCAAUUGUGCCUCAGCCCUUGCACAGAUGUCAGCAGCAUCAUGUGUCCAGGAUGAGAAGGAGGACAAAGAAAUCCCAGAGACCACUGACCCCAUAGCACAAGUGAAGCAGAAAGUGGAGCAGAAGCUGGAGCAGAUUGGGAGGCCGCAGGGCGUUCAGCUCCACACGGCCCAUGUUCUCUGCAUGGACGCCAUCCUCAGUGUGGGCCUGGAGAUGGGCAGUCACAAUGCAGACUGCUGGCAACACGUCUUCAGAGUGUGUGAAUACAUCAGCACGUUGGAGCACAGUCACUUCAGUGACGGAGGCUCGCAGCCUCCCAUCGCCAUCACGCAGGCACAGCAGGCCUCAGGCCCCCUGCAGCCUGCAGACGUCGCUCUCAACUCCGCCAGGAACCUGAGCCCCGAGCUGGACACCCAUAUUGGCAACCCCGUCAUCCAGUCCGUCACCAUACAGGAGCUGAUCAAGGAGAACUGCAAGGGGAAGGCGUUUGACUUCCGAGGAGGAGGCGUGCUGAGCGGGAGCCACGCGGCCAGAGCUGUCUGCACCCUCUCCACAAUGGCUGACAAGUUAUUUGAAGAUGCCGCAGUGAAGCUGAAUCUCAACUCUCUGGUGGGAUUUCUCAAUCAGCUACGGAAGGCGUCACAAGCUCAGCUUUUUGACUCCAUUACCGAGACCGUGGACUACUCUCUGGCGAUGCCAGGAGAGGCCCGGUCCACCCAUGACCGGCGGAGCGCUCUUCACCUGUUCCGACUCGGCGAUGUGAUGCUACGAAUUGUACGCAGCAGACAUUGUCCCCUGUUGCACCUAAUGAAGACCUGGAGUGUGGUGGGCCCUCACUUAGCAGAGGCUGCCUGUCACAAGGAGAGGCAUGUUUCCCAGAAAGCGAUUUCCUUCAUCCACGAUAUCCUGACUGAAGUUCUAACAGACUGGAAUGAGCUGCCCUAUUUCCACUUCAACGAGGCCCUUUUCCGACCGUUUGAGCACAUCAUGCAGUUGGAGCUGUGUGAUGAGGAUGUGCAAGAUCAGGUGAUAACAUCGAUUGGAGAGUUGGUGGAGGUAUGUUCACCGCAGAUCCAGUCUGGCUGGAGACCACUCUUCAGUGCGUUGAAGACAGUGCACAGUAAUAAGUCUGAUGUGAAGGAAUAUCUGAUUGGUGACUAUUCUAUGGGAAAAUCCCAGGCUCCGGUCUUUGACGUCUUUGAAGCAUUCCUCAACACGGAUAACAUUCAAGUGUUUGCGAAUGCAGCCACUGACUACAUAAUGUGCCUUAUGAAGUUUGUCAAGGGUUUGGGUGAUGAGGAUUGUAAAGAAAUAGGGGAUUGCUUUCCGGGUUUGGGAUCCAGUUCCACAGAUUUGUGCCUUCCUGCCCUCGAUUACCUCAGGAAGUGUUCACAGUUACUUGCCAAAAUCUACAAGAUGCCUUCGAAGCCGAUUUUCCAUGGGGCACAGCUUGCCAACUUGCCAUUUCGGGGACCAGAGAGAUCGAUGAGCAGUGAGGACGGGAUUGAGUCAGUCCUCAACGAGUUUGAUGAUGACACAGGAUUGAUUCAAGUCUGGAUUCUACUGCUGGAGCAGCUCACCACUGCCAUCUCCAACUGUCCACGCCAGCACCAGCCUCCCACGCUGGACCUCUUGUUUGAACUGCUACGAGAAGUCACUAAAGUACCUGGACCUGGAUUUGGGAUUUUUGCUGUUACGCAUCUCCUCCUUCCAGUGAUGUCCCUGUGGCUUCAACGUAACCAUGGAGACCAAUCGUACUGGGAGAUGGCUGCUGCCAAUUUCAAGCAUGCCAUUGGUCUCUCUUCGGAGCUGGUGAUGGAGCAUAUUCACUGCUUCAUCCAGUCAGAUAUUGGCUACGAGAGCAGCAUCAACGCCAUGCUGAAAGACCUCCUGAAGCUCCUUGUGUCCUGUAUUGCAGAACCCACAGAGACAAUCUCCCGUGUCGGCUGCUCCUGUAUCAGGUACGUGCUCGUUACAGCUGGACCUGUGUUUACUGAUGAGAUGUGGAGGCUGGCCUGCUGUGCCCUUCAAGAUGCUUUCACGGUUACACUGGAACCAGUAAAGAACCUGCUGGCCUGUUUUCAGAGCGGCUCGGACAGCUUCAGCGGCGACGCGUGUGAGGUGAAGGUGGCGGCUCCGUCACAUUCCGCCAGCGCCGAGGCGGAGUACUGGAGAAUCCGGGCAAUGGCACAGCAGGUUUUCCUACUAGACACCCAGUGCUCUCCCAAAACUCCGAACAACAGGGAGGGUUUUGAGCAUGCUCAGUCCUGCGUGCUGAUCAUCGAGCUCCCACCAGACGAGAAACCCAAUGGCCACACUCAGAAAAGAAUUCCAUUCCGGACAAUAGUGGUGAGUCUGUUAUCCCACCAGGUGUUACUGCAGAAUCUAUAUGACGUUCUGCUCGAAGAAUUUGUCAAAGGUCCUACACCAAGCGAGGCUUCAGAUCGAACUAUCACCUUCGGAGAGACAAGGCCGGCCAGCUUCCUGAGGUACAUCUCCAUGCAGAACCUGGCGGUCAUCUUCGAUCUGCUGCUGGACUCCUACAAAACGGCCAGGGAGUUUGACACGAGGCCCGGGCUGAAGUACCUGCUGAUGAAAGUGUCGGGCGUGGGAGGGGCUGCCAACCUCUACCGCCAGUCAGCGAUGAGCUUCAACAUUUACUUCCAGGCUUUGGUUUACGCCAUUCUGACCAACCAGGAGAACAUAACCGCAGAGCAGGUCAAGAAGAUCCUCUACGAGGAGGAAGAGCUUAGCUCGGAUUCGUCCCAGCAGUGUUCCUCAGAGGAUGAGGAUAUCUUCGAGGAGACGGCCCAAGUCAGCCCUCCGAGGGGGAAGGAGAAGAGACAGUGGAGAGCUAGAGUGCCUUCUCUCAGCAUUCAGCCUGUUAGCAAUGCAGACUGGGUCUGGUUGGUGAAGAGGCUGCACAAGCUGUGCCUGGAGCUCUGUAAUAACUAUAUCCAGUUGCACCUUGACCUGGAGAGCUUGGCAGAGGAACCCCCGGCAAUGAGGGGCGACCCCCUCUUCUUUCUGCCCUCCUGCUAUUCCGAAGGAUCCACCCCGUCCACCGGGGGCAUGUCGGGCAAAGAUACGCCUUCAGAAGAGGGCUCCAAGUGUCACGGGAAAGAGCAGGCAAUGGAAGACGGGAAGACCAAAGGGCCAGGCAGCGCCCCCCUGAGCCCCAAUGUGGAAAAGAAGGAGCAAGGCAGGAGGAAGGAAUGGUGGGAGAGCGCUGGCAACAAGAUCUACACCAUCGCCACCGACAAGACCAUCAAUAAGCUCGUGUUCGAGUACAAGAAGCGCAAGCAGCAGCAUAACCUGACCGCGUUUGUCAAGGAGGGAAAGUCGGAGAAGGGGGACAGCGCACCCGGGAGGUGUCCAGAUUCACCCCUUCAACGGCCUCAGCAACUGCUGGACCAGGGCCAAAUGAGACAUUCCCUCAGCGCGGGACCUGAGCUGCUCAGACAGGAGAAACGGCCCCGCUCUGGCUCCACAAUAAGCUCCCACAGUGUCUCCCUCCGUGACACUGAGGCCCAGAUGCAGGCCUGGACCAACAUGAUAUUGACCGUCCUCAACCAAAUCCAGCUGCUGCCAGACCAGAUGUUCACGGCACUCCAGCCGUCGGUGUACCCGAGCAUCAGCCAGCUUACCUGCCAUGUCACCGAUGUCCGGGUUCGUCAAGCCGUUAGGGAAUGGCUGGGAAGAGUGGGAAGAGUUUAUGAUAUAAUUAUGUAAAAAAAAAAACACGGAAACACAAAUGGGGAAAAAAAAGGAAUCUAUAUUUAUGAAGCACAAUAGUUCACUUUCAACCUGCAAGUAAAUGACCUACUUUGCCAAUCCUGACCUGGAAACAUUUAAAGCGCUAAUGCCGCGCCCCCCCCUCCCCGAACCAUUCAUCAUUCCUGCCAAUGGCUGGCUCCCUGUGGAAGUCCUUGAGCCUCAGAUCCCACACUGGGGUCAUAUCCUCUCCCCUUCUUCUUCUUAGGCACUCCCUUGGGAUGGAGGACGACUUGCUCCCACUCCGGCUCGAUGGGGCCUGCGAUGGGACCCUAACGUGGGGUGACCGCUGCAGGCUGGGGGGGGGGGGGCCUUGGUCCAAUGGCAUGGGCGUCCUCGAGACGCUGGGAGGCCAGGCUCCCCCCGUGAGCCACCUGUGUGUCCUGUGCACGGUCUUACGCAGACGGGGACGAUAAAUCUGUGACAGAGGAACAGAAGCUGAAAAAUCCAGUCAAACCGGCUCAAGGGUGUUGAAAUCUACAGUAUUAUGAGCGGAAUGUCCGCGCAGUUUAUCUGAGUGAGGUGGGGGUGAGGGGGCAUUAAAUCUGAAAGGGGCAUCCUCACCGGCCAGGCACUCAGGGUUUGGAUUGCAGGGCGAGGGGUCAAAGGCUGGUCAACAAGGCCGCAGCAUAGCUGCAUUUGAGGGCGGUCACUUUGGCCCACCUUUGCUCACCCCUCUCUAAACAAAACACAAACCUACGGUCACCCCCUUGGGUGAAAUCUUCCACAUGGACAGCUGGAAUAUUGCAUCCAGGUCUGGAAGCCACACUUUAGGAAAGAUGUGAAGGCAUCGGAGUGCAGGAAAAAUUCACGAGAAUGAUUCCAGGGACGAGGAGCUUCAGUUAGGUGGAAAAAUUGGAGAAGUUAGGACUGUUUUCCUGAGGGAAAAGGAAGCUGAGAGAAGAUUUGUUGGAGAUGUUCAAAAUGAUGAGGGGCCUGGACAGAGUGGAUAGGGAGAAACUGUUCCCACACGUGAAAGGAUCGAGAAUGAGAGGGCACAGAUUUAAAGUAAUUGGCAAAAGAAGCAAAAGUGACAUGAGCAAAAUCUUUUCCACACACCGGGUGGUUAAGGUCUGGAAUGCACUGCCUGAGAGGGUGGUGGAGGCAGGUUCAAUCGAAGCGUCCAAAAGGGAAUGAGACUGUUGUCUGAAAAGGAAGAAUGUGCAGGGUUACAGAGACAAGGCAGAAGCUGGUGCAGAUCAACAUGAUGGGUUGAAAGACCUCCUUCUGUGCUGUGAUUCAUAAGAUGGGAAGAGUUGGAUUGUUAUCCUGUUCUACACACCGUCCAAUUUACCUCCCAUUGAAGUCCAGCUAAAGUUUUCACCAAAGUUUGCAGGCCCACAUUUCUUGCAUGAGUCUGAGGUUUUUGCCAUUGGUAGACUCAGAGAGACUUUUCCAAAUGUUGGUUACUCUUUGUAGGAAGUCCUUUCCUUGACAUCCAUCCAACAUUACCUCUUUCCCCCAAGUUUCAGCCUGUAACUCACCCUCGUUCUGCUGUCCUUCACUGUGAACUUAUGCUCUGGAUUUGCCAUUUUUUUAAACCAGCCUCCUAACCAGGGCUGCUGCUUUGGAAGGUUUUUUAGUAAACGGCGUGAUCUUCAGGUGAAUAUUUCCACAUUGAAGGUAUAAUUUGUCAAAUGGAUUAUUAAGGACCCAACACAGAAGUUUUACAGUUAUGCUAUAAUGCAUAAGUUGCAUUUAUGUAGCGUCUUGGGGCAUUGUCUCCAUGUUAAAGGUUUUAUGCAAAUGCAGUUGUUAUGUUGGAUUCCAUAGUAACUGUUGCUCUAUUGCCUCCCUCGCCAUCAAGAUGGAGAGCCUUGUGAGGCUGCUUGUUUCCUAUAUGUUGAGACUGGAGCCAAGCCUUCCAUCCACAGAAACUCUGAGCACUGUUUUUGGGCAGAAAUUUCCACUUACACGCCUGGAUUUCAAUCAGAGAAGCUUACAGCACAGAAAGAGACCAUUCAGCCCAUCAUACGGCCCAGUCAGAUUCCCAUUUGAUCUCAUUGUGUCCAGCCUGACCAUAUUCAGUCCCUUGAUUGGCUUUGAGAUUUUCAGCCACUCAGAGUCCAGUGUGGCUCCUACAUCCAAUCUGGAUGACAGGACAUUGGAUGGACAAAGGAAAGAAUGUAAUACUUACUUUUGAAAAUAAAUGUACACAGCAAGGUAAACAAAGUGAAAUUAAAAUUAUAUAUAUGAGAGAUGGGGAGAAAAAAACAGCUACAUGGUAAUCAAAGGAGUCUCUUUUCUGACCUUCAGAAUGGAUGCUCCACCUCCCUCAUGGUGUCCCAUUCUCCAUUGCCUCAAUCUUGGCAACUUUCAUUGGCUCUCCUCCCCCCGACAAGGUAGCCCACAUGAUCAACACCCUAUCCACCAUCUUAAACAUUCACUCCCUCCAUCUCCGACACACAGUGGCAUCAUCUUAAAGAUGUGCUGCAGCAGCUCACCAAGGCUCCCACAGUAGCACCUUCCAAACGCACGACCUCUACCAUC